AUGGAUAUCAUGCCCAUAGAUAUUUUAAUUUCAGUAAGACACUGCUUAUCUAACAUUGAAAAAGCACUUAAAACCGCAUCUGUCGCUGAAAUACAAGACAUUCUAAACCUAGUCUUAAAAGCUGAUGUUUCUGAUUGGGAUGCACUUGAAAAGCUGGACCGCGAAAUCCACGAGCUCAGCCUCGACGAGAAUUUACAAACCUCUAUAUCAAUUUAUAUCAACUUCAUGCUCUUCAAAUUCGGCAUAAAGCAGCAGAACUUUUUUCCUGCACUUGCUCAUAAAUGUGCAAAAAAAUUACUUCACCUUUCUAAAUACGCAUAUCUUGAUAUUCAAGGACUUAUCUUAGAUUUCUCUCACAAGCUUAGUGAAUCCUUUUUAGAUAUAAAAUCAAUUACUUCCCUAUUAAGAGUGAGCUGGUUUUAUCACUCACUAAGGCUAAUUUUUAGUAAAAAUUUUAUAAAUUAAAUUUUUUUGGAAUACAAUUUUCUAAUUCAAAUGAAAUUGCUACAAAAACCCAUUGUAGAAUUAUUAAUUAUAUUACGCGAGAACGUUUAUAUCUCGAUCUUGACUCAUCCUUCUUUCCAUCCCCCGAAGGUAUCAGUUUAGAUGAAACUGCUAAAAUUAGUUUGGCUGCUAAAUUUAUAAAGAUGAGUGUGCCUUCUUAUUUUCAUGUUUUAUUUAAAAUAAAACAAUCAGGGUGGAAGGGAUAAAGGCUGGCCUAUAGCUAAUCGCGAGGUCUCUAAAAAAUUUUUUGCUUGCCCUGAAAAACAGUGGUUUUCCAAUAGUUUUGCUUGGUUUUAGAGGGGGAGCUAAAGAAAUACAUGAUUGACUACAUUUGCUUUUGAAUGGGCAAAUAGAAAAAUUUGGGACUUUUGAGCACCCGCUACAAAUUCUUGAAUUCAAAUUCAAUAUGCUUUUAUGAAGAGAAAUUUCAAUAGAUAAUUACCCGCACCUUGUAGAGAUAUUAGAAGAGCUUUUUGCAGUUAGCCAAUUAAACUGGAAUUUAGUGAAUUUAAAUAGCAUUGUAUCUGAAAUAACUCUCCAUUACAUGGAGCAAUUUAGAAAAAGCAAUUUUAAUGAAGGCCAAAGGAUCUUGGAUAAUAAAGCGCUAGGAUGUAUGCAGCAUUUUAAUCUGGAGGAAAGAUUGUGCAAUAAAAUUAGACAGCUAGCUAAUUAA